AUGCCCCCGCCACCCCGACUGCCCCCGCACCUGGCUGUGCCCCCCCCGGGAGCCGUCCCUCCGGCCCUGCACCUCAACCCAGCCUUCUUCCCCCCACCCAGCGCGGCCCUGGGGCCUCCACCAGAUGCUUACGGCAAAGCUUUGACCUCCUACAACCACAGCAGCCGGGAGCUCGGUCCACCACCUGCCCCCGUGAGCGAGGUGGAGUUCGAGGAGAUCAUGAACAGGAAUCGGGCCAUCUCCAGCAGUGCCAUUUCCAAAGCAGUGUCAGGUGCCAGUGCAGGUGAUUACAGCGAUGCCAUCGAGACCCUCCUGACAGCCAUUGCAGUCAUCAAACAAUCCCGCGUUGCCAGCGACGAGCGGUGCCGCGUCCUCCUCUCCUCCCUCAAAGACUGCCUGCAUGGGAUUGAAGCCAAGUCCUACAGCACAGGCUCCAGCAGCAGCUCUGCCAGGAAAAGACACCGGUCUCGGGAGCGCUCUCCCAGCCGAUCCCGUGAAAGCAGUCGGCGGCACCGGGACCUCCUGCACAAUGAGGAUCGGCACGAGGAUUAUUUCCAGGAGCGGAACCGGGAGCAUGAACGGCAUCGGGACAGGGACAGAGAGAGGGACCGGCACCACUGAGACAGAAGUUUGUCAGUAAGUCAUUUUUAAUGGACUCGUAUCUCCUCACCUUGACCAGGACUACGCCACUGACGCUGCUUCACCCCUUGUCCACCACCCACGGCUCUUUUGGGGCACCCAAGGGACUCCCUGACACCUCGUGGCCUUGGGGCCUGAGCCCUUGCUCUCACCCACUGCUACUGCUGUUUCCAGGGGAGAGGCUGAAAGCCAGGGGGCCCUGCUCUGUGAAUACUUGGACCCAAAGAGAAAUGGUGCUUUAUUUUCAUGGAAGGAAGCUCGUGAGCCCUUUCCUUUCACAGCCUUCCAGGAGUGGCUGUAAGUGGAUGGAUCCUUGGGGGCACAGGGGCUCGGAGGCAUGCAGCUUUCCAUUUCAGCUGGAAGAGAGCUGGGCUGGGGUCACCCCCUUCACCCCAACUUUCACAGCAGGAUUACAGCCUCUGUGUUCAUCUCACAGAGCAGCAGCUCUGUCUGCCAGGAGUUGGUGGGGCCUCACAUGAAGCCAGCCUCUCCCACAGAGCCUUCCUUGUUUUAGAGGAAGCAGAGAAGGCAGAGCUGCAAACCCAGGGACUGUGUCCCCAUCCCAGCAGCAUUUCUGUGCUUGGUAGUGCACUUGCAAGCUGGGACAGGUGGUAGGGACAAGGCCACGAAGUCUCUAUGCCCAGCGGGGCUGCACAGUGCUGUGCACAGCUGUUUCAAGGCCCAGGAGGAGCUCAUACAAGUCCCUCCAACUAAGGUUGUGCACUGGAGGAGCCCAAUGGGUUCAGGCAAACUAAGGAGCCCCAAACCACUAGCCAGCCCCAGGGGAUGCCAGUUGGGUGGCAUUGCCUUCGGAACUUUUGCUGGACAGGAGAAACUCAGCUCCACAGGUCUUUUUUUAGGCUAAAAUCACAUGAAAGAAAAAUUCUGUCAAUUACCAUGAGGUGCCUGCUGGCUUAGCAGGUGAACACUGGGGGGAAGCAUUUGGUGAGUGAGUUCUGGUUUUUGUUUUUUUUCUACUUAAUGACACAAAUUUAUAGUUUUUUUCCAAUUAGUGGGGGGAAAGCGCAGAGCGAACCCCUAGUAACCACCCCACGAGGCGCUGCCCCUCCUGCCCGCAGUGACUAGGUUUGUUUGUCUUUCUGAUAGGUUGGAAAUUGUGUAAUAAACUUGAUGACAUUGUCAGUCUUUUA